GCGGCGGAGCUUGGGCACGAGCGCCGGCGGCGGCCCCGGCAGCAGCAGCAGGUCUGAUCCCAGUCCUCACGCGUCCUGAUCUGAGCCCCCCAGGCCAAAAACUAUAACGCUGUUGCCACUCAACGCUCUAGAGAUGAACGAGGAAGCCACAGAGGUCUCUGAGAACCACCACCACCCGAAGGUUUUCCUGCCCAAGAAGCUGGUGGACUGCAUCCCCAAGUGUCCCGCCUUGCCCAAGGAGCGUCUGCGCUGGAACACCAGCGAGGAGAUCGCUUCCUACUUGAUCACCUUGGAGAAACACGAAGAGUGGCUCUCGUCGUGUUCCCCCAAGACCAGACCCCAGAACGGCUCCAUCAUCAUCCUGUACAACCGCAAGGAGGUGAAAUGCCGGAAGGACGGCUAUUGCUGGAAGAAGCGGAGAGACGGCAAGACCACCCGCGAGGACCGACCACAUGAAGCUGAAAGUGAAAGGCGCCGAGUGUCUCUCCGGCUGCUACGUCCACUCGCCCGUCGUCCCUACAUUCCACCGGCGCUGCUAUUGGCUGCUGCAGAAUCCGGAUCUUGUGCUGGUGCAUUACCUGAACGUUCCGGCCAUUGAGGGUUGCGGGGAGAU